GACCUGCAGAAUUCUGUAAUACGAUUGACCGAUGCUUCUGUAAUGACUCUGAUACAACUCACAUCACGUAAUUCCUUUCAAAAUCUAAUGAAGAUGCCCAAUUACCAGCAGAGACCGUCUUAACCUCAACUCUGAGCUUCAGAUUUAAGGCUUUGAAAAGAUCACCAUUGGGUGUAUCCUACGGGACCGUGUGACGCAGGACAUACGCUGAGAUUCUUCAGUAACGUGAAUAAUCAGGUGUAUAAAAGCGGCGGUCAGGAGACCGAGAGAGACAGACAGACGGGAACUGAGCCGAGGAAACUAUUCUUCAUCCAAACAGGUGUCAGAGAUCAUAUACAACCGCACACAUCCUGACCAAAGACAUGAUUUCACUGAGCAGCUGUCAGAUGCUCCUCCUGAUGGCCAUCUGUGGCGUCUUCUGCUGCAGGACUCUUGCACUGCCUGCCAUCUCUGCAUAUCCUGACAUCAGACCAGGCGCUCUCGAUGAAGACGGAGAGGACGACUGGACGAGAGACCCGUCUCUACAGGAUCUGGAGGCGUAUAAAAUCCUGUAUGAACUUGCAAACACCGUCGAGAGACCAUCCAGACACGCUGAUGGGCUGUUCACGAGCGGAUACAGCAAACUGCUCGGCCAACUGUCUGCUAAAGAAUAUCUGGAGUCUUUACUUGCAAAGAGAGUCAGUGAUGAGCUGGGCAUGGAGCAGAUGCCUGUGAAACGUCACUCAGAUGCCGUCUUCACAGACAACUACAGCCGCUACCGCAAACAGAUGGCGGCCAAGAAAUACCUCAACUCUGUUCUGGCAGGAAAAAGGAGGUACGGCUCGAAAAAAAGGUGAUGCACUCCUGUUCCAUCACUGCCUGUGCUCUUUGACAUGUGACAUGGAGGCACAGCUUCAAGAUUUUGCCAUCAUUAUAUAUUCAAGCUUACACAAUCUAUUACGGCUGAAAUUGAGUUAACAGCACUAAACACAACACAAACUGAAUGAGCGUGUCAGUGAAUGAAUCAGUGUGAAUGACAUGUCUGUUUGUUGUUGUCUAAUGCUGUUAUGUCUAGAGAAAUCUAUUUUGACUGCAGUCAUUCUUGAUAAUUGAAAUCAA